UCUCUCCAUUUCUUUUAUAAUCAUAGCCAGGCGUUUGUUAUUUUCCCUGCUGGAUUAGUGCUCUAUUUAAGUUGCUUGUUUUUCCUCCUCAGUUGCUGGAGCAUCAAUCACAGCAUGUUAUUGGCCUGUUCUCUGGUUGAGUAAGUUCUUCAUUAAUUUACCUUUUUAUAUCCUCUGUGUAUCAUUUUUCAUUGCAAAGUCUUACCAUGCUUUGGUUUUUAUUACGUGCGCAUCUUGAUUUCUGUUUGUCCUUGUUUUGCAUUCCCCUGGUUUAGACCCUAGUCCGUUUUCCUGGGUUAUCAUUAUGGACUACUUUUGUUGAAAGUUACUUGCCUGUGUUGUGACCCUGGUAUAGACUUUGAUUUAUGGCCUGUGUUUAUGCAUAUUUCUACACACGGUAGUUUACAACAAUGCUUUGAUUAAAAUUGUUAUUGUUGGCAAAUUGCUGUAGUAUAAGAGGAAAUAAAUGGUUUUUGAGAUGUGCUGUUAUAGAAAAUAAUAAAUUUUCUUCUUGCAUGAGUAAAUUCUCUUCAGAUUAGUCUGAAUCACACCAUAGUGUUGUUGAUUAUUUGCCGAUAAUAGCACGCCCCUUGUUUUUUUAUUUCUUGCUUAAUUGCAAAUGAACAGUCUUGUAAACAGGUCUGACAAUGAUCUCUUUGACAUGUGAGAUUUCGCAGCAACUAAAAGAACCCCUAGGAGGCAAAAUCAUGGGAGAGAAUCAUUUCAAAAGCCAACGUGGGCAAACAGCAUCAGCGAAGAGGUUCAGUGAUGCAAUGAACUGCAUUGAACUGCAAAAGAACUUUGAUGAACUCCAAAAUGAUGUCAAGCACCUUCCAAGGCUUCCACAAUCACCGCAUUUAAACAUUAUUAAACCUGAAAGGUUCAUGAUGUCCCGAUUUUUUGGCCCAGCUCACAAGUGGGCACAGCGAGUAGCAGCCAUGAGACCCCGGGUACUGGAGGACAGUAGGCAGUUUUCGGACCUGUUUCUGAGGGAGUUUGGAGAACCAGGGCAGAGCUGCAACUUGGAUGAGCUGCUGAAGGGAGUUAAUGUGGCGAACAGUGCUGAUCUGAGGUCCAAGUCCAAGUCAAGUCUCCAGUCUCUGAAAUCCAAGUCAAGUCUCAAGUCCCUGAGGUCCAAGUCCAAGUCAAAUCUCAAGUCCCUGAGGUCCAAGUCCAAGUCAAGUCUCAAGUCCCUGAGGUCCAAGUCAAGUCUCCAGUCUCUGAAGUCCAAGUCGAGUCUCAAGUCCCUGAGGUCCAAGUCAAGUCUCAAGUUCCUGAUGUCACACCCAAGUCUACUGAUACGGCCGACCAAGUUCUGCUCACGCCCAAGACUACUGACCCGGUCGCCCAGGUUCAGUCCACGCCCAAGUCUACUGACCCAAACGCCCAAGUUCAGCCCACGCCCAAGACUACCGACACGACCACCCAAGUUCUGCAAAAGCCCGGGUCUGCCAACACAAACAGCCAAGUUCUGCUCACGCCCGAGUCUGCCGACACGCACAGCCAGGUUCUGCUCACACCCGAAUUCUGCCGACACGCACAGCCAAGUUCUGCUCACGCCCGAGUCUGCCGACACGCACAGCCAAGUUCUGCUCACGCCCGAGUCUGCCGACACGCACAGCCAAGUUCUGCUCACGCCCGAGUCUGCCGACACGCACAGCCUAGUUCUGCUCACAGCCGAGUCUGCUGACACGCACAGCCAAGUUCUGCUCACGCCCGAGUCUACCGACACGGCCGCCCAAGUUCUGCCCAUGCCCAGGGUUCACCUCGUGACCUCAGAGCCCCAGCCUGAGAUCUACGAGGAGAUCUCAACUCCAGAGCUGCAACCUUCCUGUUCAGCUGUGGAUGUCGCUCAGUCUUCCUGUUCAGCUGUGGACGUCGCUCACUCUCCAUGUUCAGUUGAGGUCUUCGCUCAGCCUCCCUGUUCAGCUGUGGACGUCGCUCAGCCUCCCUACUCAGCUGUGGACAUCGCUCAGCCUCCCUGCCCAGCUGUGGACGUCGCUCAGCCUCCCUGCUCAGCUGUGGACAUCGUUCAGCCUCCCUGUUCAGCUGAGGUCGUCGCUCAGCCUCCCUGUUCGGCUGUGGUUGUCGUUCAGCCUCCCCGCUCGGCUGAGGUCGUUGCUCAGCCUUCCUGGUCCAUGGCGAACAUUGUUCCCCCCUCCUGCUUUGAGGAGAGCUACGCUCCUCUCCCUGGCCGCACAGAGACCCAUGCUCCUCUCCCUGGCCGCACGGAGACCCACGCUCCUCUCUCUGGCCUCACGGAGACCCACGCUCUGCCUUCAUGCUCCACCAAGGACAUCGCUCAGCCUGCCUGCCCAGCUGUGGUCGUCGCUCCACUUUCAUGCUCCGCCGAGGAAGUAGCUCAGCCUGUCUGCCCGGCCGUGGUCAUCGCUCUGCCUACCUGUUCAGCUGAGGAAAUCGCUCUGCUUCCCUGCUCUGCCGUGUACGUCGCUCUGCUUUUUUGUUUUGCCAAAAACGCAGUGCAGUCUCCAGGCUCUGCUUGGGACAAACUGCCCAGGGGGCCGGGGCCGGGGCCGCCAAUGGAGAUGGAUGUUUCAUGGCACUCCGGGAGGAGUGCCCUUGGGGGGGGGGGGGGGGGGUUUCCUGUCACGAGUUCCCCUUUAAGCAGCUCGCUGUGGAGCAUGUGAGCGCGUGUGCACGAGCAGGUGCGCGAGCACCUGCUUUUCCCUUGUGGACAAUCGUGACAUUUCGACACGUGCAUUUGUUUAUGUUUCUGUCAUGUCUCCUCCCCGUUCUGUCAUUGGUUGUAGUUUCACGUGUGUCUGAAUUGCCCUCAGCCGUCAGCCAUUACAACGCUGAUUAUCUCCGCAUAUAUACCGCGCACCUCCCAGCACACAACGCGGAAUAUUGAAUGAGUUAUAGUACAUUAGUUUAGAUUCCUUAUGAUAGAUAACCACAGUCAGUCCAUAGUUUCAUGUUCAUGUUUCAUGUUUAGAUUCAUAGUCAUAGUUCAUGUCAUGUUUCAUGUUUAGGGUCGUUUGUUAAGUUCACGCUGGUUUCUCUGUUACCAGUCCCUCGUUGUUGAUUAUGUUUCAUGUUUGGUAUAUCGACCCUGUAUCCCAUGACCACGACUUUGAUUCCUGCCUUGCCUCGUUUAUGCCUGUUUGCCGAUCAUCUGAACUUUGCAUGGUACUGGAUUACGUUUUUGGAUCACGUUCUGGAUUUACCUGCCUGUGUGUCUCUCAAUAAAACUGUUCACACUG